CGUGUCGGAGCUGGGUGAGGAGGGGGCGAGUGGGGUCCGGGGGCCAGUGCUCUUCCACCCCCCGCCCAACUGCAGAAUCCGAGAAGUGCACUGUGGAAGCCAGGUGCGACUGGUCGUUAUAGCGAUCCACGACAUCACCAAAGGGGAGGAGAUCACGGUGGACUACAGCCUGACGGACUGGGGAGAGAACGCCAUGGGAUUCCAUAGCUCUGUGUCUUCGCGAGGGUUUGACUGCAGCUUUAACCCAGACAAUAACAUUAAGAAGGAGGAAGAGCCCGGCCCCCACCCUCUGUCUCUCUCUGACUACCUCACCCCCUCCUGGUCCCUCUCCCCUUCCUCCUCCCCGCUCACCCACUCUGAGCCCAGCGACUCGGACCGAGAAGAAGAUGAGGAGGAAGACGACGACGAUGAUGAUGACUAUGAAGAAGAGAGAUGGAGGAGCUGAGGGGCCGUAUGCUCCGUCGCCGAAAGAAGCGCAAGAUAGCUGUCACGGUCACCACCAAGAAGAACAGCGCCGCUAACCCCAGAGCGGGACCCGGCCACCCCUGCUUGUUGUCGUCCUCCCGACUGGCCGCCUCCCCUGCCCAGAACCAGUCUCAGCCCGCCAUGACCCUAGUGCCCCCCACCACCAAUAUCAACAACAACAUCAACAUAAACAUUGGCAGCUCCAGCGGGGCUACGGUCAGCCGACGGCAGCACUGUUCCUACUGCGGCCGCCACUACCGUUCGCUGGCGCGCCACCUGGAGAAACACCAUGCCAACCAGCCAAAGGUCAGGGCGGCCAUGGAUCUAGCCACACGCCACACACACUCCUCCUCUACCUCCUCCCAUCCUCACUCCUCCUCCACCACCUCCUCUCAUGGCCACACCUUCGCCUCCCCCCAGCCCUCCUCAUCCUCCGCUCCCGCCCCUCCCCCUCAUUUCUCCAGGGAGAGAGAGAGGGAUGCGCCGGCCACUCGAAGUUCCUCGGCGGCGGUCUCCUUUUCGCUCUCACUGUCUGCACAGUCGGCCGUGGCCAAGAAAGGCUCCAACUUAUCGGUGCAGACGCCAAAGCAAUGCUUCGCCCCUGCAGUGGCACCGGUUAAAAGUCUGCCCACACCAGCCAGGAGGGGCCACAGGCCGAAGAGAGCAAAGGAGGAGCAGCAGAAAACAGAGGGGUGCUUCAGGAGCAAGGAGGAAGCGAUCCCUCCACGUUCUACCCCCGAGCCGGAGGAAGAAGAGCCGGGUGAGGAACUGGAGCUGUGUGGAGCUGGGGAAGGGGAGAGUCCUGAGAAUAAGAGUGCCAAGAUGGCUAGCUCUCACAGACAUCACAUGCCCCCUCUCCUAUCCUCCCUCUCCUGCCUGGUGCUCUUCCUCCGCCGGCAGCAGCACUCUUCCUUCUUGUCCCUAUCUCGCUCCCCCAGUUCGGCCGAGGCCUGGCGCCUACUUUGCCACUCCAGCCUGGCGCUACUUAUCCUCUACAACCGGCAUCGUGAGUGCGAAGUGGCCAAGCUCACCACCCAGGACUACCACAAUCGCACCACCACACCGAGCCCGACCCAGGCUAACUUGGCCAACGACCCCCCCACUGGCCUAGAGGCCAUCCUCUCCCCCUUCGAGCGCCAGGUACUUUGCCACCUCCCCCGGGCAGGUGUGCUGGGUAAGCGGGGGCGUAUCCAGCCCCUCAUCCUGCCCCCGCACUGCGAGCCCUGCAUGGAGCUGCUCCUUCAGACCUCUGCCAAUGUGGGCGUGGACCCCCACAGCCCCUACGUCUUCUCCCGGCCCUUCCAUUCGCCCGCCACCCCGCUCCGGGGCACCGACCUGCUGCGCAACCUGGCACGUGCCAGCGGCGCCAAGAACCCCGGAGUUCUGACCCAAACGCGAGUGCGCCGGCAGGUGGCCAUCCUUACCCAGUUACUGCUCCUGGAGGAAGGUGAGGGGCAGGGCCUGCCGGGCGGGGCGGCUGGCAAGCGCCUGGAAGACUUCCUGCAGCGGGAGUACCACGUAACCCAGAGCUGCACCACGAUAGGCCGAGACCCUGCGUUGAUGGGACAUGUGGGCAGGGUGGUGCUUUAUGGGGAGCGGCAGGGCAUGCUGUUCAGGGGUAUGAGCCUGCAGCACAUUUGUCUGGAGCUUGAUGUGAUGUCGGGUAACUCUGCAGACUCCUUCUCAGGUGACUCGGACGGGGAGGCAGAGAAGGUGGAGGUGGUGAAGAAGCGACCAGGUCGACCCCCCCACAAGAAAAAAGGACCCCCUCUCUCUGUCAACCCUCCACUCCCUGGUGCCCACAAAAGGAGAAGCAUCCAGCCCAAGUCCGGGAAGCGUGGGGUGCUGAAGCGGCCCUGGUCGGAGGCGGAGCGAGUCGCCGUGGAGACGCACCUGAAGAGGAACAUCAUGGAGCUGCGUGUGCCAGCCAAGGCAGACUGCGAGCGCUGCUUGCACCUCUGUCCUCUUCUGGUCAGCAACCAGCGCGACUGGAGGGCCAUCAAGUUUUACUGCCACAACCGCAUCCAGCUACUGAAGAAACAAGGCCGGAAGGAGAGUGCAGGACAAGGGGCACUCUGUUAGAUAGGGAUGGGGAGAGAGAGAGAAAGGAAGUGAGAGAUGGGAGAGGUCGAGAACCAACUGCUACGAUCUGGAGUGACCUGAUUCUGGUCCUGGCGAAGUAAGUGCAGUCUACUGGUUUUCUACUGAAUUAACCUGACCUCUGAAUUCAUUUUAAAGACUCGUACCUGGGACUAGGAGUAAAAUAUUAGUCCUUAUCUGUAAUGCAGUGUUGACUUCAUCAAGAGUCAAAACGAUAAUUAAUUGAGAUUAGUUGAAAUGUCUCCUGUAACCCGGGGCCAUAUCCACAAAGCAUCUCAGAAAAGGCCCGAGAAAUCCUGUUAAAACCUGUUGUAAGAAAACUCCUAGCUCAGAGUAGGUUUUAGGAUGUUAAGUCACUGCUCCGACAAACUCAAUGUCUUAUCUUGUUAUCACGACAGUUUGAGGUACUGCAAAGGAAAGAUAGUGAUGGCGCUUUUUGACAUUGUUGCAAAUGAUUAAUUGUUAUGAGGCGUUGCCAGCUGUGAACUCUAUAGCACGCUUCAGACGUGACUGUAUGUUGCAAUAGUGUAGUGUUUGACAUAAUUUUUGCCUGACACGAUCAGCCUUCUCUUAAUUCUUGCCUAAUAUGUUGGCAUGCGAAAUAUAUAUAUUUUUUUACCAAUUCUGGUGGUUCUUCAAAUCCAAUUAGCAUAAUAAAAAAAUACCCAUCAAA